AUGGAUUCGGAAAUCCCAAAGGACUCACUGCGAAAAUGCAAGGAAGAGAAGGCGGAGGGACGAACGAACGACGAGCAACAUUCGAAGAAAAAGGAAGACCAUUCGCUGACGGGGACGGGAACUACAUCUGAGACGAAGAGACGAAACAAUAAACAACCCCAUCGUGAAGGGACUCAAAAGAAGCAACAGAAAGAGCCACACGACUGCAAGGAGUCCCAGAAACUGGCACAUGUGAGACAGUUGGAGAAGUUCGAUAAAAACCCCCGAGAACAAAUGAAGGUCCGCCUUGAUGGAGACACAGUGUUCUCGUUCACUGAAGGAGCGAAAAUGUAUCAAGAGAAAUAUUAUGCCGAUACAGAGAGGGCUUACGCCUUCCCCGCAGGAUACGUCCUGAAAGAAAAGGAACAGGAAAGAUUGUUCAGGAAAACUCAAGACUUUAAACCAGACGGUGGAGGACGGGAGCCUCGCAUCAAGCCGGCCGAUUUGGCUGUUGCUACUGUUUUCCAUAUGAUGAAGGAAGUCUUCUCCGGGUUUCCCAGUCUGGUGAUAUACGAUUAUGAAUUCAAGGUUACGUUCUAUACAGCCAUGGGAAUCAAAAACGCAGCCAGGCAGAAAAGGGCAGAGGAAUCGUGGAAGAAGAAAGGAUUCGAAGUCACAGACGGUGACCACGACGUAAUGGCUAUCAUCUUUGAAGGAAGCAGAGUCCUCGUCCUUUUCUUCGAGGUCAAGGCGAGGGAAAUAGUCGACAAUGAACUGAGAGAUAACGUUGUUGGAAAAGCCGAAGGUCAACUGAGGAAGAGCGAGCGUGUUUUUCGACAAUUCGUCGAAGCGACAGCGUCUUCUCCCACCUUCCAAUGCAGUUUCGUCGCUCUGCCGUACCUCUCGAGGCGUGACGUUGCAAAGGCCUUGGAUUGUAGUUGUAGUGAAAACAUUCUCACCAAGGACGAUCUCGAAUCCGAGGAUUCAUUUUGGAGAUUCCUUGCGUCACAUGGGAUUGCUCUUACCAUGCAUGAUGAACGCGAUCCAGUCGCUCAUGAGUGUUACUUGGACGUGAUGAAAACCUACGUAGCCGCUUCUGCUUCCGUGGAUGGAAUGCCUCGGACGGACGAAGAACUCCGAAAGAAUAUUGGCCAAAGGAUGCAGACCGCUUUAGAGCUUCUCACUCCUCGCCAGAUGAACAUUUUGGAGAAGGAACCGUCUGUCCUCUUCUUGGCCGGUGGGCAAGGUGCAGGGAAAACAUACCUACUGCUCAAGAGAGCCCAGAAACUAGCAGAAAGAAGAGAAACUGUAAUUUUCGUGAACAUGUCUGACGGAGAACUAACUGGUUACAUCAAGAUGUGGCUGGUUUCGAAAGAACUUGAGGACUACGUCAAAAUAUUGGAUUCCAAGGAGUUGCGAGGGGGUCGUCAGCAUGAAAUCAUCGACUCUCUUCUUGACAUGAUGAAUGCCCAAAAGCACGCUCAUUUCCUGAUUGAUGAAAUGCAGAUCAACAUUGAAAUGAAUGAAAAGGAUCCGGAAGAGAUCGGGCGAAUAUGGAAAGAAUUGGCAGAAAGCAAGAAAUGCCGAAGUAUUUGGAUCGUCUGGCGUCCAAGUGACGUCAUGUACCCAGAGAAUCUUGAUAUUCAGACAGUCAUUGAAAUAGUCUGUCAAGAAAGAGUGGAGAUGCUGACGGAGAUCAAGCGAAACACGAAAUACGUGGGGGAGUUCGUGGUUGAAGUUACUCGAUUCAUUCAGAAAAGUUUACCCUGCUUUACUUAUCUCCCCAUGAGAGGCUUAGAAUAUGGACGUACAGAGGACCUGGGUCUGAAGAAACGAAUGGCCCAGGUCAUCUUCAUCCAAACUCCUCCAGAUUACAACUGGGCGUUCCUAUGGGUGCCAGAUGUAGCGAGGACGAUCCAAUCCUCCCUGAAAAACUCCCGACACCUAACCAUCAUCACCAGGACAUUCCAAGAAAGAGAUAUUGUGGUAAGAGAACUCGGAGGUCGUGGGAAGCAGCGAGUCACCUUCCUAGAUUCGAACGGAAUGUUUCGAGGACAUCCCCAAUCGACGUUUCUCGUAUUCUACCAUGACCAGGUUACCGGAAUGUCAUUUGAUGAUCUCAUUUUACUCGACGAUGGGAAUACUUUCUAUCGCUCAUGGUCCCGAAUGGUGAGUAUGGCCCGACGAUCUCUCCAUGUCAUCACUAUGGGCCCAUUGCCAUCAGGUCACUGGGACGAACCUGAGCAAAUUGGACUCGUUUCUUCGUGCCCCUUCAGAACAUCUGGAUUGCCAAAUAACGAUGACCUGUAUGAACCACUGGAUGAAUGUUCUUAUCCGCAGACAUCAUGGAACCUUGAAUUCCAGCCAUUUGACUUCUCUCCAUCCGAUCAUGAAGCAGAGGCAAAAAGUAUCGAGCUCAUCUUCGGACCAAACCGUUCCGGGAAGACUUGUUUUCUAGUGCACCGUGUGAAGAGACUGGCCGAGCAAGAAUAUGAGGAAGUGAGGAGAGAUUCCGUGGAAAAGCAUGAAGAAACGUCGCCGAGUGAUAGAAGACCCAAGCAAUGGCUGGUAUUUGUCGACUGCAGCAGAUGGAACAGGAGUGUGCAUCCGAGAAGCCUCUCCCUCGUUAUAAUGAAGGAGGAGAUGAAGAGAGCGGGACUGGAAAACACGAUCGAACUCUUCGACAUCCAUGACCUCCUCAAGCAGUUUCCCGGAGGAGGAAAUUUACACACUCUUUCCCCUAGACUCCUGGAACAACUUGCAUUGAAGAUGCUGGAGAAGGGGGAGGAAGAAGGACGAACACUCCACGUGGCCUUCGACGACGCACCCAUUCACUCCUACGUAAUCGGAUAUGCAGACACGGAGGGAUCGAGGGAAGAAUGGGAGUCCGUUUUGGGAGUCCUCUCCUCUCGAUUGCAGGACUCACUCGCUUCCCUUACUAUCGCCUUUCAGCCCUACGUCCAGUAUUCAACAGCCACCUUCGAUGUGAAGGAGUUCAUGAAGAUAUUGCAACACUCUCCAAGAACAGGUGUGAGGAUCAUGAAGAACGGAUGUAAAGAUGUGGGUUUUCCACACUUGCUCGAAUACGUCCUCUCCCACGAAUCCCCCAAAGAAUUGAGGGUGAAACUGGGAACACUGAAUACAAGGUCACAGCCAUCCUCUUUAGUGUUCGGCGAGAAACCCAUCAUCAUCACUCCUCCUCUCGAGGCACAUUAUCAUGGGGGAUUCAAGUGCAUCGGUGGUCGGGGUCGAGGAUGUGUUGCUGUGACUGCUGCUGCAUACCUCUUAUCCCACAGAUACGACAAUGUCGCAGUGCUUAUCUCUGAUGAUGAGAUCCUCGAGGACUUCACUGACGCUCUCGAGAGGAUGACGAAUGUUCCAACAACGGGGGAACGCCUAAAGAUUUACCAUCCGAGGAAUUACCGCGGAUGUGAAAACCCUGAGGUGAUGUGUAUAGGAGUUGAGGAUUCGUGGGUAGUGGAGGGGAUAUCCCGAGCAGUCCAGACUCUCUUCAUCGUCGACUGUGGGACUAAUCCAGCGGUGCACAGCCGGAUGAGGCUCUGGAGGGAGAUGGAACGGAGAGGCCUCAUUCUCCACCGCCCUCAGGCAUCCUCCCCUGCCCUCGAUUCCCUCUCUCAGGAUGACUGGAAAGCUUUAAAUCAAAAAAGCCCGUUUUUAAAGAGGAUUUUCGCCAUGGGAAAAGGUGAAUACGGACCAUCAGGGGUAUGGGAAGUGACUCAGCCCCACAAGAACCUCUGGGUGCAAGUGCCCACUGGAACAGCGGAUGUGUUUCUUGCCCACAAAGACAGGCUUAUCCAUUGCAAAGGGGGAGAAGUUCACAUAUUCCAUUUGCAGGGGAAGGAUCCCAACGAGUCCCCUUACGGAUGGGAUGAGGUACUCCACAUCCCCCGUCCAUUCUUCAUUUUAGGAAGCACGGGAACUAUCGUUCAGGAGUCCCUUUUCCUUUUUGGAGGGGCGGGAAAUUCACAGGAAGUACGUUCCCUAGACCUAGGAUCUGAGAAAUGGAUGCCCCUCUCGCCGAUGAGAAAUAAAAGACUCUUCGCUGCUUCGGUGAUGUGGGACCCUCACACAGUUCUAGUCAUGGGGGGUGCGAACCCAGAAGCAAGAGGACCGAUCUCCAACUGCGAGUGCUUCGACACCAGAACGGCAGAGUGGAUUCCCUUCCCUCAUCACUUUCCCGUUUCUCUCCACUCCUACGCAGCCACCAUCUAUAACGAUCAUGUAUACAUAUCGGGAGGAAUCGGAGGAGACGAAACCAGGGGGCAGGUGUGGAGGUUCAGUGUGAAAGGGGGAGAGGCCUGGGAGACACUUCCAUCUUUGAACAUGAAAAGACAACAUCACGGAAUGAUAGGUGACAAAGGACGUCUCUUUGUCCUUGGAGGGACACAGCGACGAGGAAAUGAGGACAUCAUGGUUCUUGAGAUGGAGACCUUGGCCCUGGAUGGAAGAAGAAGAUGGGUGACCGAGGAGAAAUUUCCAUUCAAAAAUAUAUUUAAGGCAACGGAGAUGAAGAGCUGGAGUCCUUCAGCUGUGUUUGAGAAGGACUCAGCUAAAAUCCUGGAGACAUCAUCUAAGAGGAAUGUAUUUAAGAGGAAUAUGGUGAUAGAAUCCGGAGUGCGGGGAUCUCCAGAGAGUUAUCAGGAAAAGUAUCUGGAGAUGUUAUCUGCGAAGGUUGCGAUGUUCGGAGAGGUCCGUAAGAGAGACCUUUGUGAUCGGCAGCAGGAAGUCCGUCCAAUAGUUAUCGUUGACUCCAAGGUGAAGACUCCUUUGAAUUACUCAGGACUCCGGCCUCACGCUGAUGAGGGAGCCUCAGGGUCGUCCUCGUGCGUCCCAGUUGUCCGGUGGAGGACCACCGUCACCACAGUUCCUCUAAUAGUCCGCACGGUCCUGUGCGGCAGCUGCGUGAAGGCUCGGCACGGCUUCACGCGUGCCGUGAGUGCGUCCACUCACUUUGGCUCUCGGCGACCCACUGCCGAGGGACUGCUCAGGGAAGGUGGGUCUGCGUGA